AGGGAGAGCGAGUGGGGCCGGGGCUAGCUGAUCCUACACCUCUCCCCGGGCGCAGGUGGGCAGGAAAGGGGGCGCCGCAGGACCAGCGCCGCCAGAGCCAAUUUCCCUGGGCGCUUUGCUCCGUUCUCUUUCUUUUCUCCCCCCACACGCCAAUUUGUUUUGUUUUGUUUUCUCCUCCGGAAGGGUUCUGCAAGGAGUGAGGAAAAGAGACGCAAACACAGAAGUGGAAGACAGAUUAAGAAACUGAGAGGUUAACUAAUUUGUCCCUGGCCAUACAUCUUGGAAGUGGCAGAACUAAGAUUUGAACCUAGCCAGUGAGCUCCAGUGUACUUGAACUCCCACACUAACCAGUGAGGUGGUGCAGUUACAGAUGCUGGGAACAGAGGACUUUCCAAGGAUGCUUACUGUGUUCUGUUAAUGACCAGCCACAGAGUCCCUGCUUUUGAGCUCUGGCCGCUGCCUCCACGGGCUCCCAGCCACACUCAGGUUGCUGUGGGUGCCAGCUGAGGUGACAUGGCUUGUUGGCCUCAGUUGAGGUUAUUGCUGUGGAAGAAUCUCACUUUCAGAAGAAGACAAACAUGUCAGCUUUUGCUGGAAGUGGCCUGGCCUCUCUUUAUCUUCCUGAUCCUGAUCUCUGUUCGGCUGAGCUACCCUCCCUAUGAGCAACAUGAAUGCCACUUUCCAAACAAAGCCAUGCCCUCUGCAGGAACACUUCCCUGGGUUCAGGGGAUUAUCUGUAAUGCCAAUAACCCAUGUUUCCGUUAUCCGACUCCUGGUGAGGCUCCCGGGGUUGUUGGAAACUUUAACAAAUCCAUUGUGUCUCGCCUGUUCUCAGAUGCUCAGCGGCUUCUUUUAUAUAGCCAGAAAGACACCACCAUGAAGAACAUGCACAAAGUUCUGAGAACAUUACAGAAGAUCGAGCGUCACAGCUCAACAGGCUUGACACUUCAGGAUUUCCUGGUGGACAAUGAAACCUUCUCUGGAUUCCUGAAUCACAACCUCUCUCUGCCAGGGCCUACUGUGGACAAAGUGCUGGGGGCUGGUGUCAGUCUCCGCAAGAUAUUUUUGCAAGGCUACCAGUUACAUUUGACGAAUCUGUGCAGUGGUGGAUCCAAAGUAGAAAAGAUGAUUCAACUUGGUGACCAAGAAGUUUCUAAGCUUUGCAGCCUGCCACGAGAAAAACUGGAUGCAGCUGAGCAAGUACUUCGCUCCAACUUGGACAUCCUGAAGCCAGUCCUGGUAAAGAUAAACUCUGCAUCUCCCUUCCCGAGCAAGGAGCUGGCUGAAACCACAAAAAAUUUGCUGGAUAGUCUCAGCACUCUGGCCCAAGAGCUGUUCAGCAUGAGGAGCUGGAGUGACAUGCGGCAGGAGGUGAUGUUUCUGGCCAACAUGAACGGUUCCAGCUCCUCCACCCAGAUAUACCAGGCCGUGUCCCGCAUUGUCUGUGGCCAUCCCGAGGGUGGGGGCCUGAAGAUCAAGUCCCUCAACUGGUAUGAGGACAACAACUACAAAGCCCUCUUUGGAGGCAAUGGCACUGAGGAGGAUGCUGGAACCUUCUAUGACAAUUCUACAACUCCUUAUUGCAAUGACUUGAUGAAGAAUUUGGAGUCCAGUCUUCUUUCCCGCAUCAUAUGGAAAGCUCUCAAGCCUCUGCUGGUUGGGAAGAUCCUGUAUACACCUGACACUCCAGCCACAAGGCUGAUUAUGGCUGAGGUGAAUAAGACUUUCCAGGAACUGGCUCUGUUUCAUGAUUUGGAAGGCAUGUGGGAAGAGCUCAGCCCUAAGAUCUGGACUUUCAUGGAGAGCAGCGUAGAAAUGGACCUUGUCCGGACACUCUUGAACAGCAGAGGCAAUGAUCACUUUUGGGAACAGCAAUUGUCUGGCUUAGAUUGGACAGCCAAAGAUAUCAUGGCAUUUCUGGCCAAGCAUCCAGAGGAUGUCCAGUCAGCUAAUGGCUCUGUGUAUACCUGGAGAGAGGCUUUCAAUGAGAGCAACCGGGCAGUCCAGACCAUAGCUCGCUUCAUGGAGUGUGUCAACCUGAACAAGCUGGAACCAAUAGCAACAGAAGUUAGGCUUAUCAACAAAUCCAUGGAGCUGCUGGAUGAGAGGAAGUUCUGGGCUGGUAUCGUGUUCACCGGAAUUACUCCCGGCAGUGUCGAACUGCCCCAUCAUGUCAAGUACAAGAUCCGAAUGGACAUUGACAAUGUGGAGAGGACAAAUAAGAUCAAGGAUGGGUACUGGGACCCUGGUCCUCGGGCUGACCCCUUUGAGGACAUGCGAUAUGUCUGGGGGGGCUUCGCCUACUUGCAGGAUUUGGUGGAGCAGGCAAUCAUCAGGGUGCUGACGGGCUCCGAGAAGAAAACUGGUGUCUAUGUGCAACAGAUGCCCUACCCCUGCUAUGUUGAUGACAUCUUCCUGAGAGUGAUGAGCCGGUCCAUGCCCCUCUUCAUGACUCUGGCCUGGAUUUACUCUGUGGCUGUGAUCAUCAAGGGCAUCGUGUAUGAGAAGGAGGCCCGGCUGAAGGAGACCAUGCGCAUCAUGGGCCUGGACAAUAGCAUCCUCUGGUUCAGCUGGUUCAUCAGUAGCCUCAUCCCUCUGCUCGUGAGCGCCGGCUUGCUGGUGGUCAUCCUGAAAUUAGGAAACCUGCUGCCCUACAGUGACCCCAGCGUGGUGUUUGUCUUUCUGUCUGUGUUUGCCGUGGUGACCAUCCUGCAGUGCUUCCUGAUCAGCACGCUCUUCUCCAGAGCCAACCUGGCAGCAGCCUGCGGGGGCAUCAUCUACUUCACGCUGUACCUGCCCUACGUCCUAUGUGUGGCGUGGCAAGACUACAUGGGCUUCACACUCAAGAUCUUCGCAAGCCUGCUGUCUCCUGUGGCUUUUGGGUUUGGCUGUGAGUACUUUGCCCUGUUUGAGGAGCAGGGCAUUGGGGUGCAGUGGGACAACCUCUUUAAGAGCCCUGUAGAGGAAGAUGGCUUCAACCUGACCACCUCGGUCUCCAUGAUGCUCUUUGACACCUUCCUCUAUGGUGUGAUGACGUGGUACAUCGAGGCCGUUUUCCCAGGCCACUAUGGAAUUCCCAGGCCCUGGUAUUUCCCUUGCACCAAGUCCUACUGGCUAGGGGAGGAAAGUGAUGAGAAGAGCCAUCCUGGUUCCAGCCAGAAGGGAGUAUCAGAAAUCUGCAUAGAGGAGGAACCCACCCACCUGAAACUGGGAGUGUCCAUUCAGAACCUCAUGAAGGUUUACCGAGAUGGCAUGAAGGUGGCCGUUGAUGGCCUGACCCUGAAUUUCUAUGAGGGCCAGAUCACUUCUUUCCUGGGUCACAAUGGAGCUGGGAAGACCACCACCAUGUCAAUCCUGACUGGGUUGUUUCCUCCUACCUCGGGCACCGCCUACAUCCUGGGAAAAGACAUUCGCUCUGAGAUGAGCACCAUCCGGCAGAACCUGGGAGUCUGUCCCCAGCACAAUGUGCUGUUUGACAUGCUGACUGUGGAAGAACACAUCUGGUUCUACGCCCGCCUAAAGGGACUCUCAGAGAAGCAUGUGAAAGCAGAGAUGGAGCAGAUGGCCCUGGAUGUUGGUUUGCCGCCCAGCAAGCUGAAAAGCAAAACAAAUCAGCUGUCAGGUGGAAUGCAGAGAAAGCUAUCUGUGGCCUUGGCCUUUGUGGGUGGAUCCAAGGUUGUCAUUCUGGAUGAGCCCACAGCUGGUGUUGAUCCUUACUCCCGCAGGGGAAUAUGGGAGCUCCUGCUAAAAUACCGACAAGGCCGCACCAUUAUUCUCUCCACUCACCACAUGGAUGAAGCAGACAUCCUGGGGGACAGAAUUGCCAUCAUUUCCCAUGGGAAGCUGUGCUGUAUGGGCUCCUCCCUGUUUCUGAAGAACCAGCUGGGAACAGGCUACUACCUCACCCUCGUCAAGAAGGACGUGGAAUCCUCCCUCAGUUCCUGCAGAAAUAGCAGUAGCACUGUGUCAUACCUGAAAAAGGUGGUGCCUGAGCUUCCCCCAGCUGGGCAGAGUGGAGGCAGAGGAGGAGAGGUGCAGAGGCUGGUGGCGCUGACUCAAGAUGUCUCUGCUAUCUCCAACCUCAUCAGGAAACAUGUGGCCGAGGCCCGGCUGGUAGAAGACAUUGGACAUGAGCUGACCUACGUGCUGCCCUACAAAGCUGCCAAAGAGGGAGCCUUUGUGGAACUCUUUCAUGAGAUCGAUGACCGGCUCUCAGACCUGGGCAUCUCUAGUUAUGGCAUCUCAGAGACUACCCUGGAAGAGAUAUUUCUCAAAGUGGCUGAAGAGAGUGGGGUGGAUGCUGAGACCUCAGAUGGCACUUUACCAGCAAGACGAAAUAGACGGGUCUUCGGGGACAAGCAGAGCUGCCUUCGCCCAUUCACUGAAGACGAUGCUGUUGAUCCAAAUGAUUCUGACAUUGACCCAGAAUCCAGAGAAACAGACCUGCUCAGUGGGAUGGACGGCAAAGGCUCCUAUCAGGUGAAGGGCUGGAAACUCACACAGCAACAGUUUGUGGCUCUUUUGUGGAAGAGGCUGCUGAUUGCCAGACGGAGUCGGAAGGGAUUCUUUGCUCAGAUUGUCUUGCCAGCUGUGUUUGUGUGCAUUGCCUUGGUGUUCAGCUUGAUCGUGCCACCUUUUGGCAAGUACCCCAGCCUAGAACUUCAGCCCUGGAUGUACAACGAACAGUAUACGUUUGUCAGUAAUGAUGCUCCUGAGGACAUGGGCACCCUGGAACUCUUGAGUGCCCUCACCAAGGACCCUGGCUUUGGAACCCGAUGUAUGGAAGGAAACCCAAUCCCAAACAUGCCUUGCUCGGUGGGGGAGGAUGACUGGACCACCGCCCCAGUUCCCCAGACCAUCAUGGACCUCUUCCAGAACGGGAACUGGACGAUGGAGAACCCCUCACCCACUUGCCAGUGCAGCAGCGACAGAAUCAAGAAGAUGCUGCCUGUGUGUCCCCUGGGGGCAGGGGGGCUGCCUCCUCCACAGAGAAAACAGAACACUGUGGACAUCCUUCAGAACCUGACGGGAAGAAACAUUUCAGAUUAUCUGGUGAAGACAUAUGUGCAGAUUAUAGCCAAAAGCUUAAAGAACAAGAUCUGGGUGAAUGAGUUUAGGUAUGGCGGGUUUUCUCUGGGAGCCAGUAAUUCUCACUUACUUUCUCCAACUCAAGAAGUUAGUGAUGCCAUCAAGCAACUGAAGAAGCACUUGAAUCUGGCCAAGGAUAGUUCCGCUGAUCGAUUUCUCAGCAGCUUGGGAAGGUUCAUGAUAGGACUGGACAUGAAAAAUAACGUCAAGGUGUGGUUCAAUAACAAGGGGUGGCAUGCCAUCAGUUCUUUCCUGAAUGUCAUCAACAAUGCCAUUCUCCGGGCCAACCUGCAGAAGGGAGCGAACCCUAGCCAGUAUGGGAUUACCGCUUUCAAUCACCCCCUGAAUCUCACCAAGCAGCAGCUCUCAGAAGUGGCUCUGAUGACCACAUCAGUGGAUGUCCUCGUGUCCAUCUGUGUCAUCUUUGCGAUGUCCUUCGUCCCAGCUAGCUUCGUUGUGUUCCUGAUCCAGGAGCGAGUCAGCAAAGCAAAGCACCUGCAGUUCAUCAGCGGAGUGAAGCCCGUCAUCUACUGGCUCUCCAAUUUUGUCUGGGAUAUGUGCAACUAUGUGGUCCCUGCCACACUGGUCGUUAUCAUCUUCAUCUGCUUCCAGCAGAAGUCCUACGUGUCCUCCACCAACCUGCCUGUGCUAGCCCUUCUACUUCUGCUGUAUGGGUGGUCAAUCACACCUCUCAUGUAUCCAGCCUCCUUUGUGUUCAAGAUCCCCAGCACAGCCUACGUGGUCCUCACCAGUGUGAACCUCUUCAUUGGGAUUAAUGGCAGUGUGGCCACUUUUGUGCUGGAGCUCUUCACCAACAAUAAGCUGAAUAACAUCAAUGAUAUCCUGAAGUCUGUGUUCUUGAUCUUCCCACAUUUUUGCCUGGGUCGGGGGCUUAUUGACAUGGUGAAAAACCAGGCAAUGGCUGAUGCCUUGGAAAGGUUUGGGGAGAAUCGCUUCAUCUCACCACUCUCUUGGGACUUGGUGGGACGAAAUCUCUUUGCCAUGGCCGUAGAGGGUGUGGUGUUCUUCCUCAUCACUGUCCUGAUCCAGUACAGAUUCUUCAUCAGGCCCAGACCUGUAAGUGCAAAGCUUCCUCCCCUGAAUGAUGAAGAUGAAGAUGUCAGGCGGGAAAGACAAAGAAUACUUGAUGGCGGAGGACAGAAUGACAUCUUGGAAAUCAAGGAGUUGACAAAGGUAUAUAGAAGGAAGAGGAAGCCUGCUGUUGACAGGAUUUGUGUUGGCAUUCCUCCUGGAGAGUGCUUUGGACUCCUUGGAGUUAAUGGGGCUGGGAAAUCAUCAACUUUCAAGAUGUUAACUGGAGAUACCACUGUUACCAGAGGAGAUGCUUUUCUUAACAAAAAUAGUAUCUUAUCAAACAUCCAUGAAGUACAUCAGAACAUGGGCUACUGCCCUCAGUUUGAUGCCAUCACAGAGCUGCUAACCGGGAGAGAACACGUGGAGUUCUUCGCCCUUUUGAGAGGAGUCCCAGAGAAAGAAGUUGGCAAGGUUGGUGAGUGGGCAAUUCGGAAGCUGGGCCUCGUGAAGUAUGGAGAAAAAUAUGCUGGUAACUAUAGUGGAGGCAACAGGCGCAAGCUUUCGACAGCCAUGGCCUUGAUCGGCGGGCCUCCUGUGGUGUUUCUGGAUGAACCGACCACAGGCAUGGACCCCAAAGCUCGACGAUUCUUGUGGAAUUGUGCUCUCAGUAUCAUCAAGGAAGGGAGAUCAGUUGUGCUUACAUCUCAUAGUAUGGAAGAAUGUGAAGCUCUUUGCACUAGGAUGGCAAUUAUGGUCAAUGGCAAGUUCAGGUGCCUUGGUAGCGUCCAACAUCUGAAAAAUAGAUUUGGAGAUGGUUAUACAAUAGUUGUACGAAUAGCAGGGGCCAACCCUGAUCUGAAGCCUGUCCAGGAGUUCUUUGGACUCGCCUUUCCAGGAAGCGUCCUGAAAGAGAAGCACCGGAACAUGCUACAAUACCAGCUUCCAUCUUCAUUAUCUUCCCUGGCCAAGAUAUUCAGCAUCCUCUCUCAGAGCAAAAAGCGACUCCACAUAGAAGACUACUCUGUGUCUCAGACAACACUUGACCAAGUAUUUGUAAACUUUGCCAAGGACCAAAGUGAUGAUGACCACUUAAAGGACCUGUCAUUACACAAAAACCAGACAGUAGUGGAUGUUGCAGUCCUUACAUCUUUUCUGCAGGAUGAGAAAAUGAAAGAAAGUUACGUGUGAAGAGUCCUGUUCAUACAGGGUGGCUGAAAGACGAGAAGAACUUGCUCUUCCUUUGCGCCAAGGGAAGAGUUCCAGAAGAAAGAGCUGGAAGGUUUUGUGGGAAGAAGUAAACUGGAUACUGUACCGAUACUGUUCAAUGCAAUGCAAUUCAAUGCAAUGAAAACAAAAUUCCAUUACAGGGGCAGUGCCUUUGUAGCUGAUGUCUUGUGUGGCUCUCCAGUGAAAAAAGACUUGAAUUUAUUUUAUUACCAUAUACCUGUGUGAAACUAGUAUGGAACCCAGUGGACAUAUGGGUUUGAAAUCAUACUUGUUUGUUCCUUUAUGUUCUCACUGGGGUUGCAACAGUAAUUCAUCAAGUAAUCAUGGCCAGUGAUUAUUUACCAAAAUCAAAAGGCGUGCCUGCACAUCCUCACUCACUAAGCUGUGCCAUGCUAGGAGACUGGUUUCCCAGUGACACAUCCAUUGAUGGCAAUGAGGGUGCCAGAAUUACUAGUGCCAAGUUGCUCAAAAAGCCUGACGCACCAUGAUGUGUCAUGCACACUUUUGCGAAAGCUGCUCUGCUCAGAGUCUAUUGGAACAUAAUCAAAUAUCAGGUGUCAAAAUGGUGCCAUGUGUGGGAGAAAGUCCUGCUUUGAGACCCUCGUUGCUGAGCUGCACUGGUGGUGGUAACAUGCAAAGUGUGGGCAGCUCUAGACAAGUGAGACUUGGUUUCAUUGUUACAUGGCCUCUUGCUUGGAGACAGGGGCCUCCAGGGUCAUAUUUCUGGGACUCUUUAAAUAUAGUUAGAUCCUGGUAAAAAAGCAAAGAAUCAGCAGCCAAGUUGUUGGCAGCUGCGAGUUGCCAAGGCCAGGGCAUAGGAUUAAGGAGCCUGGUGCGUUCACACCUGCAGAGGCCUGUGUCUUCCUGUCCUGAUUGUCUGCCAACACGGUACACUGCAUCUCAAGAUCUUGUUGUCUGACACAAGUAUAGUAUUAUUUCUAGCCUUUUAAGUUAAUCUAGAAUAUGAAAAGAUGGAGUUGUAUUUUGACAAAAAUAUUUGUAUUUUUAUUUGGAAUUUUAAGUUCUGCCAGUGACUUCUGAAAUCUUUGAUUGGCCUCUUCGUAGAAGCCUGUGGCAUAGAGGCAUAUGGCCAUAUUGCCUCACUAGCUUUAUUUUCUCAUGUAAGUUUGCAGAUGGAUAAUCCAACUAGUGACUAGAAAACAAUGUGAUAGUCAAGAUCUCAUGACAACAUUAUAUUUAAGUUUCUUUAAGAUCAUUUAAAAUACUCUUAAUCUCAGUUCAUUAAUCAAGUAUUUUUGAGUCUGUUAUAGCUGAAUGAAUAUGUAUGCAUGGAUGGGGUGGAGAGAAAUUAAAUCUCAGAUUUCCUGUGCCACAUUAUUCAGCUAACUGGUUUACAAAUAUAGGUUGUCUUGUGGUAGUUGUGGGAGCACCAUGAAAGAAUACUGGGCAGCCCACUUUUUGAAAAUAGCAACAGUGCAAAAGCUAAGAAAGUUCAAAUGUCAUAAGGGUCACGAGACUAAACAAUGAAUACUUUUACAGAGAAAACAGCUAGUUUUAAAACUUGUUGAACAAGACAACUUGUGAAUACAGCAUUUAGUACCUCCUAAUAAUUGGCUUUGAAGAUCUUAGACACCCCAUUCUUACAAUCUCAAAAUUUUCAUCUCUUAAGUCACCAACCUAUCAUGAAAAAUAAAAAAUAAAAACAACAAAUGCCCCUACAUUAAGUAUAUUUCAGACUUUUCCAACCCAGUCUAAUAUUUUUAGUCAGCAAACUCUUUAAAUAAUAUUCUUUUAGGAUUGCUUAAUGUCAUCUGUCUUGAAACAACAAACAUAUGAGGGAACUAUUUGGUGAAGUUCAAGUGGUCUUUCACUGUCGUUACUGUCUUCUGAAAUUUAAAUAUUGAUUCUAAGGGUGUAAGAUUUCAGAUCGAUUUCAAAUUAAUCUAUAUUUUUCUUUUUAAAUAUACAGAAUAUAAAUAUAACUUGAUUGGAAAGGAAAAUGAUUGAGAAAUUAAUGCCAAUAUUUUCUAAAAUGAUAAGUAAUUGAAGGCAUAUUUCUAAUAACUAGACAUCAUAGGUAUUUAUGAGGUCAAGAUCUUUUUAUUUUAUGCUGUCUUUAUGAUAUAAAAUUCAUAGGCUUUUUCCUCAUUUAAUGUUUUUCAAAAUCAAACUCGUUUUCCCAUUUCGCUAGAAUCAUGUUCAAAGUCUCUGUUAAGUCCAUGCUCCUUGCUUGGAUUACUCCUACUUCAUGGCCAUAUUUUAAAAAAAUCAAAUGGCACUGUGAAUUAUUUUGAAAAAAAAAAAAAUACAGUGUUUCAAUAUAGAUUUAAAAGAAUAUCUUCUGAAGCUAGAAACAAUCUACAGUUACACAUGGACUUCACUAAUAUUGUUACCUUUUAGGCUAUCCAAAUAGUAAUCUUUUAAAUUUCCUGUGUAAAUCUAAUUGUAGUAGAAAUUUUUACCAGCUCUAUCCUCAAUCAAAUAAAAUAUUUCUACAUAUUCCCUGUGGAAAUGUAACUAUGUGAGUUUCAAAAAAAAUUCUCAAGUGUUCAAAGAUUUUUGCUUUUGCUUCUUUUGGACACCUUGGAAACCUUAUUAACUGUGAAUAUGAAAAAUACGAAAGAAAACAGUAACAAAGCCCUCUAUACGUAAAUGCCCAGCACAGUUCAUUGUUUAAAAAAGAAAAUCAAACCUCAAACUACUGUAUUUCAACAUCUGUACUGAAAGCAAUGCAUUGUGACUAUUAAACGUUGCACAUCAUUCACUCACUGUAAUCGUUGACUAAAGGGAUUUUCUGUGUUUUCUUCUCGUGGUUGUAUAUAUCAGGAAAAUUUUUUUCCAAAGAGCCAUUUGUCACAUAAUAUUGAACCACUUUGAUAUUGAGAUAUUAAUUUGUACCCUUGUUAAUAUUUACUAGUAAUAUAGUCCUAUAAUAAUGUUGCUCUAAUUCUUUUAAAUUGUUGCCUCCCUUUUAUAGAAUGUUUGUAUUUCCACAAGGAUUAAGUAUUCUCCAUUCUUAAUACCCUAGGAUGAAGCUAUGUUUUUGUGCUUUUUCUUUAUCAUUGGCCCUCCAUUCCAAGCACUUUAUGUUGUCUGUAAUGGGAUCUAUUUUUGCACUGGAAUAUCUGAGAAUUGCAAAACUAGAAGUUUCACAAUAGAUUUCUAAGUUAAAGUCAUUUUCAUUAAAAGGAAAAAAAAAAUUUUGUAUUGUCUCUAACUUUAUAUGAAGUAUUAAAGGCAUAUUUCUAUGUUGUAAUGAGUCACGAAAUAAAGCUGUGACGGUU